UGAAGGGAAAGCUUAUGCAAAUUAAAAUAUUAGAGGUACAUAGAAUCAACAUUGAGAAAGCCCCAGAAAUGAUUACUAGAAGCACACAAGUCAAAAUUGGAUAUUAUAAACAAAAGCAUCCCCACCUCUUUUCUUAACAUUCCAAUCCAAAAUUUCCCCAUGAAUUCAGCUAAUGAAUUCAAACACAAGUUUCCAAUUAUGUUCCUAUUCAUAAUUUAGGAAAAAACCAAAUAUCUGAGCUGUCAUCAGAUUAUUACGCAUACUUGACCUUAUCAUUUAUAUAAACUUUUUUCGUAUAAGAGUUUGUGAGGGUGUUUUUUAAAGAGAAUAAUGGCUAUACUUAGAGGUCAAAAAUCUGAAGCUAUUCUAGAGAACGUUUGGGCAAGUUUUAUCAGUGGCAAUGAAGUAAAUGAAGGAAAGAUACUAUCCAAAAGUUGGGACGAAUUGCCUCAUCUUGAUGGGAAAGAAGAGUCGAUGGAAAUUCUACAAAGGCUGCCAAGUCUAGGGAGGUGGAUUUCAAUGGGAGCUGAGACUUGGGAAGAACUCCUUGACAGUAUCAUAGUUGAUCCUUCAAGUAUUUCACAUCCUCAUAAUGAUCAAAGUCAACAGCACCCUUCGACAGGAAAUAGUACUGCCAAUGAUAAUACUGAGAACAAUGAUCAGAGGACAAAGAAGAGGACAGCCAUGGCGGUGGCCACCACAAGGCACUAUAGGGGAGUGAGGAGGCGGCCGUGGGGAAAGUACGCGGCGGAGAUUAGAGACUCGUCGAGAAAUGGGGCUCGGGUUUGGCUAGGGACGUUUGAGACCGCUGAAGAUGCUGCCUUGGCUUAUGAUAAGGCCGCUUUGAGAAUCAGAGGCGCCAAAGCUUACCUUAACUUUCCACUUGAGACGGUUAAAAAGGCUAUGGGACUUGAUUAUUCUAACAGUAAUACCACUCUGAGUACAACUACUAUUUGUAGAAAUAACGAUGAUUUUGAUAAGCUCUGCAGGAAGAGAUCAUUGAGGGAGUGGGAAAAUCAAAUCAACAAUAAUGAUCAUAAGAUGAUGAAAUUGAACAAUGAUCAAGAGCCAGCUAUCAGGAGAUCAAAGGCAAGUCAUCAUCAUGAUCAGAAUGGUGAUAAUCACUUUGAUGUGUUUGAGUUUCAAGAUUUGGGGAGUGAUUACUUGGAUAGUUUGUUGGCUUUUCCUUGUGAUUGAAAUUCAAACACGACACUUACAUAUGAAUUUUCUUAUGCUGAGAUAUUCAAUAUUACGCCAUACAUUAUAUAUACAAAAAAAAAAAAAAAGAAAAAAACAAGGAUUGUAGGUAACUAUACUUAUUCUUUUAUUGGUACAGAAAUUAGAUAAAUUCAUGUCAGCAAUAUAUAGGUGUUGUAACUUGUAACAUUUUAUAUAUAGAACACUGUUCAAGAAAGAGUUAUAAUUAGCAUCCAAAAAAUAAGGGCUAUAAUAAUGUCUAUAUAUUUUUCA